CGGAAAAGCUUGGUACUUAGCAUUUCUCAGGUGCUUGCGAGGUGAUUAGAAGGCAAAGAUGUCGGAGCGAAAAGUAUUAAACAAAUACUACCCGCCGGACUUUGACCCGUCAAAGAUCCCCAAACUCAAGCUCCCCAAAGACCGGCAGUACGUGGUGCGGCUGAUGGCCCCCUUCAACAUGAGGUGUAAGACGUGCGGAGAAUACAUCUACAAGGGGAAGAAAUUCAACGCUCGGAAGGAGACGGUGCAGAACGAGGUCUACCUGGGCCUGCCCAUCUUCCGCUUCUACAUCAAGUGCACGCGCUGCCUGGCAGAGAUCACCUUCAAGACAGACCCUGAAAACACAGACUACACCAUGGAGCACGGAGCCACGCGGAACUUCCAGGCUGAGAAGCUCCUGGAGGAGGAGGAGAAGAGGGUGCAGAAGGAGCGGGAGGAUGAGGAGCUGAACAACCCCAUGAAGGUGCUGGAGAACCGGACCAAGGACUCCAAGCUGGAGAUGGAGGUGCUGGAGAACCUCCAGGAGCUGAAAGACCUGAACCAGCGGCAGGCACACGUGGACUUUGAGGCCAUGCUGCGGCAGCACCGCCUGUCCGAGGAGGAGCGGCGGAGGCAGGAGCAGGAAGAGGACGAGCAGGAGACCGCAGCCCUGUUGGAGGAAGCCAGAAAGCGACGGCUGCUGGAGGACUCCGACUCAGAGGAUGAGGCUGCCCCCGCGCCCCUGCAGCCAGCCCUUCGGCCCAACCCCACUGCCAUCCUGGACGAGGCCCCAAAGCCCAAGAGAAAGCUGGAGGUCUGGGAGCAGAGCGUUGGCAGCCUGGGCAGCCGGCCCCCGCUGUCGCGGCUGGUCGUGGUGAAGAAGGCAAAGGCCGACCUGGACUGCAGCAAUGGGCAGCCUCAGGCAGCCCCUGCCCCAGGAGCCCCGCAGAGCAGGAAGGAGGCCGACCCUGCACCCCCGACGCCUGGCGCGUCCUCCCUGAGCCAGCUGGGUGCGUACCUGGACAGUGACGACAGCAACGGCAGCAACUGAGCCCUCCUAGGACCCCCGCCCUGGGUCAGGGUCACACGUCCAGCUUCAGCCAUGUUGAGGCCGGCGUUGCUGGUGGUCGGGGCAGGAGGCCUUGGCGUAACCGGAGACCCUACAGACAAGUGCCAGCGUGCUCCGAGCAUGUAGGGCCAGCAGGGACCUCAGCCCCAGGAGGUCACUUCUCUCUGCCCUCACCAGCCUCUCAACACAUCGGGGACACCUGCUGCUCCUGCCUCCACCUGUCACCAUGCUUAGGGCUGCAGUAUCCCUAGCGCGUCUCAGCUUCCAGCACUACUUCAGGGUGGCAGUGUCUGGGGCACUGGGCGAGCCCACUGGCCUCUAGACGGCCUCAUCUCUUCCUUCCACAAACUGGCUAGAACCAAUAAAAGGAAAUCUGCCAACC